GGAGGUAAUAAUACCAAUGGAGAGAGUCAAACUGAGCGUAGGUUCAAAUUGGAGAUGGCCAAAAGCCCCAUUCUUAUAGAGACAGGAAGAGCAUCAGAGAAUUGAUGGUCAUUCCAGAUACCAGCACUCUGCCCAGUCAGGAGAUGAUAUCUCUGUCCAGCUUGUUUUGAACCUCACUGUAACCGUGUGAUACCAGAUCAAACCUUGGCAACUCAAGUAAUCUCAUCUGAAAUGUUGUCCUACACCCAUUGAUGGAUUUUGCAAAUCUUUUUACAGGUUAAAUACAAGAAGGAAUUUGUCUCCAGGAAGCUCAAACAUGACACGCCAGUUUUGCUGUCUCUGUCUAGAUAUUUAAGAAGUGGAGCAAGGGAUUCAAUCGACCAUUCUUCAUGCUCAGACAGUGGGGACAGAUUCACUCGGUUAACUGACCAACUGGCAUGUCCGUCAUUUUACACAGGAGAAAGGCCAUUCACCUUCUCAGACAGUGGGAAUGGAUUCACUCGGUCAUUUCAACUGAAGGUACAUUAGCAAGUUCACACUGGGCAAGGCCAUUCAUCUGUUCUGUGGGUGAGAAAGGAUUCACUCAGUUUUCCCACCUGUGGACACACCAGUCAGUUCACACCAGGCAGAAGCUGGUCAACUGCUGAAUUUCUGGGAAAGGAUUCACUCAGUCAUCUGACUUAAUGGCUCACCAGGGAGUUCACAUCAGGGAGCGGCCAUUCACUUGCUCAGUCUGUGGGAAGAGAUUCAUUAAAUCAUCCCACCUGCUGAGUCAUCAGCGAGUUCACACUGGGGAGAAGCCGUUCACCUGCUCAGAAUGUGGGAAGAGAUUCUCUGAGUUAUCCAACCUACAGAAUCAUCAGCGAGUUCACACUGGGGAGAAGCCGUUCACCUGUUCAGAAUGUGGGAAGGGAUUCACUCAGUCAUCCCACCUGCAGAGACACCAGCGAGUUCACACUGGGGAGAAGCCGUUCACCUGCUCAGACUGUGGGAAGAGAUUCACUCACUUAUGCAACCUACAGAAUCAUCAGCCAGUUCACACUGGGGAGAGGCCAUUCACCUGCUCAGAAUGUGGGAAGGGAUUUACUCAGUCAUCCAGCCUACUGAGUCAUCAGCGAGUUCACACAGGGGAGAGGCCAUUCACCUGCUCAGAAUGUGGGAAGGGAUUCACUCAGUCAUCCCAUCUGAAGGUUCAUCAGCGAGUUCACACUGGGGAGAAGCCAUUCAUCUGCUCAAUCUGUGGAAAGGGAUUCACUGAUUCAUCCACCCGGCAGAAACAUCAGCAAGUUCACACUGGGGAGAAGCCGUUCACUUGCUCAGUCUGUGGGAAGGGAUUCACUCAGUCGUCCCAACUACUGGCUCACCAGUCAAUUCACAAUGGGGAGUGGCCAUAUGUUCUAAAGUUUGGUGAAGAUUCUAACAUUGGUGAGGUAAAUCUUAUUAAAGUCAUUCGGGGCGACAUGGUUUCCGUGCCAUUGCACAAGGCGACCAAGAACGCUCGGAGUCGACUUUCCUCCAGCAGCUGGUUCUCACAGCGCCAGUGCCUGGAUCCCAGCUCAGAGUCAUCCGGAAAGGAUUUCAGCUGCCGCCUGACAUUCCCAGACACAGCAUUCCUCUUCCCCUUCACCUUCCGUCUAAGGAUGACUCGCAGGGACUUCAUCAGCCUCGGUGUGCCAGACCAGCGAAGCGAGGCGAGCUUAGGCCGAUGCUUUGCACACUCAGAGUAUCUUGCAGGCUCGGCACCAGAAAUUCCAGCGCCAGGAAAGGCUCCGUCGGUCCUGCAGAACUUCCAGGCCGUGAGAGGUCGAGACUUCUCAACAGAUGCUCCGGCUCCUACACCGAACGAGAAUCACGACGAUAAAGAGGAGGGACGUUGUUCCGAUGUUAAUGGGAGAGCAAUGGCGUUUGACAAGAAGCUCAGAGACAUCAGCCUUGAGCCUGCCUUCUGCAGCUGGAUCCUGGAGUUCCUGCCGGAUCACCGGCAAGUGGAAGGAUUCACUCGGUCAUCUGACUUCAUGGCUCACCAGCGAGUUCACACUGAGGGGAGGCCGUUCACCUGCUCGGAAUGUGGGAAGGGAUUCACCUACUCAUCCCAACUGAAGAUACAUCAGCGAAUUCACACUGGAGAGAGGCCAUUCACCUGCUCAGACUGUGGGAAGGGAUUCACACAAUUAGCUGGCCUACAAGCACACCAGUCUGUUCACACUGGGGAGAGGCCGUUCACCUGCUCAGACUGUGGGAAGGGAUUCACUUCGUCAUCUCAACUGAAGGUACAUCAGCGAGUUCACACUGGGGAGAGGCCGUUCAACUGCUCAGACUGUGGAAAGGGAUUCACACAGUUAGCUAACCUACAAGCACACCAGUCAGUUCACACUGGGGAGAGGCCGUUCUCUUGCUCAGACUGUGGGAAGGGAUUCAAUUCAUCAUCUAAACUGAAAGUACAUCAGCGAGUUCACACUGGGGAGAGGCCAUUCACCUGCUCAGACUGUGGGAAGGGAUUCACACAGUUAGCUAACCUACAAGCACACCAGUCAGUUCACACUGGAGAGUGGCCGUUCAACUGCUUAGAAUGUGGGAAGGGGUUCAUUCGGUCAUCUCAACUGAAGGUACAUCUGUCAGUUCACUCUGGAGAAAGGCCAUUCACCUGCUCAAACUGUGGGAAGGGAUUCACUUUGUCAUCUCAACUGAAGGUACAUCAGCGUGUUCACACUGGGGAGAGGCCGUUCACCUGCUCAGACUGUGGGAAGGGAUUCACACAGUUAUCUGGCCUGCAAGCACACCAGUCAGUUCACACUGGCGAGAGGCCGUUCAACUGCUCAGACUGUGGUAAGGGAUUCACACAGUUAUCUAGCCUGCAAGCACACCAUUCAGUUCACACUGGUGAGAGGCCAUUCACCUGCUCAGUCUGUGGAAAGGGAUUCACUCUAUCAUCUUGCCUACUGACACACCAGUCAGUUCACACUGGAGAGUGGCCAUUCACCUGCUCAGACUGUGGGAAGGGAUUCACUCGGUCAUCUCAACUGAAGGUACAUCAGCGAGUUCACACUGGGGAGAGGCCAUUCACCUGCUUGGACUGUGGGAAGGGAUUCACUUCGUCAUCUCAACUGAAAGUACAUCAGCGAGUUCACACUGGGGAGAGGCCGUUCACUUGCUCAGACUGUGGGAAGGGAUUCAUUCAGUUAGCUACUCUACAAGCACACCAUUUAGUUCACACUGGGGAGAGGCCAUUCAACUGCUCAGACUGUGGGAAGGGAUUCACUCGGUCAUCUCAAUUGAAGGUACAUCAGCGAGUACACACUGGGGAGAGGCCAUUCACCUGCUCAGACUGUGGGAAGGGAUUCACACAGUUAGCUGGCCUACAAGCACACCAGUCAGUUCACACUGGGGAGAGGCCGUUCACCUGCAUAUUCUGUGGGAAGGGAUUCACUCAAUCAUCUCAAUUGAAGGUACAUGAGCGAAUUCACACAGGUGAGAGGCCAUUCACCUGCUCAGACUGUGGGAAGGGAUUCACUCGGUCAUCUCGCCUACUGACACACCAGUCAGUUCACACUGGAGAGAGACCGUUAACCUCCUGUUAAUGUGGGAAUGUAUUCACUCAGUCAUCUAACCUUAUGUAACUCUCACUCCAGCUAGCAGCUUAAUAUAGGGGGUGAUAGCCCCCUAGCUCGGCCAAAUGUGUGUGGAUGCUGCGCCGCGUCCCCUGUUACAUAUCAAUACCCCAAAAUAACAAACAGUACACAAGAUGUGAUUCAUAAUUCUUACUUUGACUAAAGGGUUAGUAAAGUAAAAAAAAAGGGCCCACUCUCCCCAUUUGUGGCUUCUCAUCUCUCCACAACAAAAGCCCAUGAAAUUCUCUCAUUCAGACUCACAAGAAAGAACAUUUCUGUCAUUGGAUAGCCCAGCACUACAAAACCCUGUUAUCUCUAGUUGUAUCCUAAACAUUGCUGCUGCAGAGAAACCACUACCUCAGCAGUGAAACAUUACAGAGAGGUCAUUACAUUAGCAGUGAAACCUUACAGUGUGUUACACUUACAACACACUACCGGAUUCACACAGGGGAGAAAGUUUCAAUAAGCUUCAUGCUGGAUAUUUGUCCAUCACCAUUGCUGAAUGCUAUUUUGAGAGUGAUUGUAAGUGUUGAACUCUGCAAUUAUUGCUGCUGCUCACCACACCCAGUUCUGCACCCUGGUCACUGGGCCUGGGAGGAGUUUCUUCUGCUGCAUAUUCACCUUUAAUGGGACUAGAUCUGUGACAAAUGAAUCAGUUCUAUCUUAAGCACUGUCUCUGUUACUUAGUGAAUUUAUAACACACCUAGUGUACAGUAGAGAGUCAACUCAGGCUGGCUGAACCCUGCCAGUGAUUCUGUUCCACAACAGAUCUUUCAAAUCCUCCCCUGUUGUUCACCUCUCACUCUCCCUGGGAUGAGGUCCAAAUAGUCAUCACUCUGUGGGUGAAUAUGUUUCCCUUGAAUUUCUUGCAGACUGAAGAAGUCGAGCUGACUGCAGUUCUGUCUGAGAUGUUCUUUGCCCCUCUAAUCUCUGGGCUGAGGAAGAAUGACAUUGGGAGUUAACCUCCUUAAUCACGACUCAUGUCCACAUUAUGGGUCACUUUCCCCACUUCUAAAAUGUUGUUAGCGAACACCACUGUCCUCUAAAGACUGAAAGCAGAGUGGGAAGUCAUCAAUUGGAUUUUCAAUGAAGCUGGGUCAGAAACCAGAGGGAGGUCUGCACAGAGCAGAAUUUGGGGCCCUGGACGAUGUUCGGGGUGAGAACGUAUGAUGAGGAGAGGGGAUUCAGCAACAGGGCAUGUCAACGAAUGACAUUUGGAAGCAGAUUGACAGAGAAAGUAAUUAGGUUAUCUGACUGAUGACACAAACACUACCUGUGGUGAGGUGUUCCACUGGCUGAGGAACAUGUGUGUUAGGAAUGGUUUUAUCUAUUGGGGGAGUUGUUCCUGCUUGUUUAUCCUGUAAUAUUAUAACCAGAUGGAUUGACCUAUCUGAAAUAAUGUAUUGAUGAUCAUAUAAUUUGCAAGAUUUUGGCUCUAAAACUGGAUCAGGCUUGAAUUUAUGGUGUUUUCAUGAGGUGAUGGAGGGCAUUCAUGAGUUUGUAUUUUAAAGCAAGAUUUUGGUGAAAGAUAUUUGCCACUUGAUUGUACCUGCGUAAGUAAUCAGAUUGAGUUAAACUGCUGCAGGAUCCUAGAAUGUGUUGGACUGUGUCUGGUUUCUCUUGGCCUUUUCUGCACUUACUGCUUCGUUUGUUUGUAUUUCAUGAAGUUUCGAUUUGUUUUACUUUUGUUACCCACCUCGUCCUGUAUUUCCGCAAGGAACUCCUCUGUUUCUGGGAAGAAGUCUCCAACUCUCAGUCAGGUGCUCGAUGCUUCCUUGUCACCAUCUCGUCUGCUCAGAUCAUUGGGAUGUCUCCCAUGGAGGGUCAUACACAUUUCACUGGUUAAUGUUUUCAUCCAGAGUGAUGAUUUAUUUUUCUGAGCCAGCUUGUCAUUUAAGUUUUAUGGUCUGUAUUUCUUAUCAUAAUUGCAUAUACACACAUGGAGUCAGUUCAGUUCCUCCGCCAUAUCCUUAUCUCCAUUUACAAUUUCUCCAACAUCAUUUUCUUUCAGUCCUAUAUCUACCUCACCUGUUUUUUUACUCCUUAUAUACUUGAAAAAGAUUUUAGUAUCCUUUUUGAUAUUAUUUGCUAUCUUUCUUUCAUAGUUCUUCUUUUCUCUAUUAAUGACCUUACUUUUCUUUCGUAAGUUUUUAAAAAAAACUUCCCAAUCCUCUGUCUUCACACUAAGUUUUGCUUCCUUGUAUGCCCUCUGCUUUGCUUUUACUUUGGCUUUGACUUCUCUUGUCAGCCACGGUUACAUACUUUAUCCAUUCGAAAACUUAGUUUUCUUUGGAAUAUAUCUGUCUUGCACUUUCCUCACUUCUCGCAUAAACUCCAGCCACUGCUGCUCUGCCGUCCUCCCUGCUAGUGUCCCUUUCCAGUCAACCUUGGCCAGUUCCUCUCUCAUGCUACUGUAAUUUCCUUUACUCCACUGAAAUACUGACACAUCUGAUUUUGGCUUCUCUUUCUCAAAUUUCACAGUGUACUCAAUCAUGUUGUCAUCACUAAGGGUUCCUUCACUUCCAUCUCUCUAAUUACCUCUGUUUCAUCACACAAUACCCAAUCCAGUACAGCCGAUCCCCUAGUGGGCUCAACAACAAGCUGUUCUAAAAAGCCAUCUCAUAGACAUUCUAGAAAUUCUCUCUCUUGAGAUCCAGUGCAGAACUGAUUUUCCCAAUCCACUCUUCCAGUAGCGAUCUGAUUUUCUCAAUGAUUU